UCGAAACUUUGGGUGCAGAUAUGGGUUGAAAAAGAAGAAAAACGAAUUGGGGUUUCUUCGUUUUCAUGGAAAACCCUAAAAAGAUUGCUUCUUUAAAUAUGAGUAAAUUAAUUGGAGGAAAAGUUUGUGAAGAAUUUACACCUGGGUAUUAUGGUGUUUGUGCAAUUGGAGGGAUGCUUAGUGCUGGAACUACUCAUCUUGCUAUUACCCCUCUUGAUGUACUCAAAGUUAAUAUGCAGGUGCACCCUAUCAAGUAUGGUAGCAUUUCCACAUGCUUUACGACUUUGUUGAGAGAACAAGGUCCCUCGGCAUUUUGGCGAGGAUGGGCUGGGAAGUUUUUUGGCUAUGGUGUUCAGGGUGCUUGUAGAUUUGGUCUGUAUGAAUACUUUAAGAAAGUAUACUCAAAUGUACUUGUGGAUCAGAACAAGAGUUUGAUAUUUUUCGCCAGCAGUGCAUCAGCUGAAGUAAUUGCUAAUGUCGCUCUCUGUCCAUUUGAGGCCAUUAAAGUUCGUGUGCAAGCUCAGCCUCAUUUUGCCAAAGGCCUUUCUGAUGGCUUUCCAAGAAUAUAUGCAUCAGAAGGCCUCCAUGGGUUUUACAGGGGACUUAUUCCGCUACUGGGUCGUAAUAUACCAUUCUCAAUAGUUAUGUUCUCAACUUUUGAGCAUACAGUGAAUUUUCUUUAUAAAAAGUUAAUCCAGAAAAGGAGGGAAGACUGUUCAAGAACUCAGCAGCUCAGUGUAACUUGUUUAGCUGGAUAUGCCGCUGGAUCUGUUGGUAGUAUUAUCUCUAACCCCGCUGACAACAUUGUUGCUUCUCUUAACAACAAGAAGGCCAGUAGCCUAAAACAGGCUGUGAAGAAAAUUGGGUUUCUUAAUUUGUUUACGAGAAGUCUUCCUAUUAGGAUAAUGCUUGUUGGACCAGUUGUGACUUUGCAGUGGUUGUUCUACGACUCCAUUAAAAUAUUAAGUGGAUUGCCAACCAGUGGACAUGUAAUCAAAGAUAUAGAAGAAGAUGAAAUGGAUCAAAGUCAUUCAAGAUGAAUCUAAUGAGCACACGAAUACUCGUGCACCUAAUUUUGCAAAUAGGGUGAACUAGCGAUCCUCUUAACUGUUUUUCGGAAAUGCUUGAUCA